AUGACAUUCCCCGUGCUCCCGCUAGUCAGCUCGGCCGAGAGUCCACAAGUCGAGUUGUUCAGCGUAGUUGGACACAUACUUUUACCUUACUCCUCGCUCAGUAUCAACAAGCACUGGCUCAACCAGUUUCCCCACGAAUUAGCCGUGUAUGUGGAGGUUGAUAAGGACGUCACCGUUGACCAGAUUGUUGAACUUUUAAACACGGGAGUGGAAAGGGUCUUCAUCCACGAUGAGGAGCAGUUCACGGCAGUCAUUGCCGAGGAUCUUCCCGCGACGAGAUUUGCUGGCCCUGUUAAAUCCAAUCUGGGCUCAUCGCUUAUUGUGACUGAGAAAUUAGACGAUAUCUCCAAGUACAACAACAAAGAGAAUAGAGACAUUUAUAUCAAGUUGGCGCAGACACCGCUGCAGACAAAGGCUAACGAGUUGGCCCAGGCGGGAUACAUUCCCAUAAUCCCUGGAGAUGAGUUGACCACGAAGAAACCAGACUCGUCUGACAAGUCCGGCAAGAUCUCCAUUUCCGCCCUUUUCAUCAGCACUUUGACUACUGACAGACCAGAUGGAUUGUACACCACCCUAAUCACGUCGCCAGCUCCAGAAUAUACGGCAUUGGGGAUAGUUUACUCCUCGGAUGCGUCGAUUGCAGCGUCGAUUGAGGAAAGAGUCGGCGUUUACCAGUCGAGAAAGAGAACCCAUGAGCUUUGGUACAAGGGCAAGACGAGCGGAGCUACUCAAAAGGUGCUCGCGAUCACAAAGGACUGCGACUCGGAUGUGGUGCAAUUUAUAGUCGAAGGUCGCAAAGGCUACGGAUUCUGCCACAAAGAGACGCAGUAUACUUGUUUUGGAGAUGACACCGUGGCUUCACCGGGCAAAGGUCUUGCGAAAUUGGACAAGACCUUGCAAGAUAGAUUUGAAAAUGCCACCGAGGGUUCCUAUACUAGAAGGUUGUUUAACGAUGAAAGUUUGUUAGUUGCAAAGUUGAAGGAGGAGUUGGACGAGUUGGUUGAUGCCAAGGGCAACAAAGAUGAGAUUGCUUGGGAGGCCGCUGACUUGUUGUACUUUGUCAUGACGUGGUGUGUAAAGAAUGGAGUCAAUUUGGCCGAUGUGGAGAAGAAUUUGGAUAUCAAGGCUUUGAAAGUCACAAGAAGGAAAGGCGAUGCCAAGCCUCAGUACACACAGGCCGAGAACAAGAAGAAGGAGGAGGAGGAGGAGGAGAAGGAGACAGAGAAGGAACCUACUGCUAGUGUCUCUUAUAAUAUGGAGACGAUAACUGUCGACAAUAUCGACUCGUCCGAUGUCAUCAGAGCCAUGACCAGACCCGUGCAAAAGACAUCCGAUAUAAUGAAAUUGGUGCUCCCGAUCAUUGAAGCCGUGAAACUGAGGGGUGAUAGUGCUCUUCUUGAACUCACUGCUAAAUUCGAUGGCGUGCAAUUGGAAACUCCAGUUCUCUCAGCCCCAUUCCCGCUGGAAUUGAUGGACAUUUCUCAAGAAAUGAAGGAUGCAAUAGACUUGUCCAUGUCCAACAUUGAAAAAUUCCACCGGGCCCAGCUACCAAAGGAAGAAGUCAUGACUGUGCAGACGUGCCCCGGAGUCUACUGCUCUAGAUUCGCCAAGCCGAUUGAAAAUGUCGGUCUCUAUGUACCAGGGGGAACCGCAGUGUUGCCAUCGACAGCAAUGAUGCUUGGUGUGCCCGCUAAAGUAGCCGGCUGCAAGAACAUCAUUAUCGCUUCCCCGCCUGCUAGAGCCACUGGCAAAUUGACCCCCGAAGUCGUUUAUGUCGCUCAUAAAUUGGGCGCACAAAAAAUCGUCAUGGCUGGCGGUGCUCAAGCCGUGACGGCCAUGGCCUAUGGUACUGAGUCGAUAAUCAAGUGCGAUAAGAUCUUGGGUCCUGGGAACCAGUUUGUGACUGCAGCCAAGAUGUACGUGCAAAACGACACACAGGCAUUGUGCUCCAUUGAUAUGCCAGCGGGGCCAAGUGAAGUGUUGGUCAUUGCCGACAGCAACGCCGACGCCGAUUUCGUUGCUAGCGACUUGUUAUCUCAGGCUGAGCACGGCAUCGACUCGCAAGUUAUUUUAAUUGGGGUCGGUUUGACAACGGAGAAACUCGACUCUUUCAAAGAUGCCGUUAGUAGACAAGCUUCAGUUUUGCCAAGAAAGGAAAUCGUCAGUAAAUGCUUGUCCCACUCGUUCAUCUUGCUCGUGCAGACGUACGACGAAGCGUUCAACUUGUCCAACAAAUACGCCCCCGAGCACUUGAUCUUGCAGAUCGAUGACGCCAAAUCGUUUGUUCCGUCACACAUUGAAAACGCGGGAUCGGUGUUUGUGGGAGCAUUAUCUCCUGAAUCCUGCGGUGAUUAUUCGUCAGGUACCAACCAUACUUUGCCAACUUACGGAUACGCUAGACAGUAUAGCGGUGUCAAUACUGCCACCUUCCAGAAAUUCAUCACUUCUCAAGAUGUCACCAAGACCGGGUUACAGAGCAUAGGUAAAGCCGUGAUGACUUUGGCCCACGUUGAAGGGUUAGAGGCCCACAGAAGAGCCGUUGAAGUUAGAAUGGAAAAGCUUGGAUUGUUGUAA